AAAAAAUUCAAAAAAAAUUCAAAAAAAUAGAGUGAAAAAGCCUGUCCUUGCAGCGUUUAUUAUUUUUUUUGUUGAGCCGACCUUUGUAAGAAAGAAGAACCAAGAAAAAAAAUAAAAAAAAGUUUUUUUUUGUGGGUCGUCUUCCUACCAGUCCGUUACCCCAUUUUUUCUUUGCUUGCAACAAAACCUCCCUACUCUAUCAUUUCCUAUAUAAAUACAUAUUUUUUGACACUAUGUUGAGAUCGCUUACUUCACAAGUCGGCCUUGCUCGCUCAGUUCGCCUUGCACCCAGCUUGGCUACUGCUGCCCGCUCAUUCGCAACCCCUGCUGCAACUGACCCUAAUGCCAACCCCAUCAACGGCAAAACCACCUACGGAGGCCUUUCUGACCAAGACCGUAUCUUCACCAACCUUUACUUGAAGCACGACUACGGUCUUCAGGGCGCCCUGAAGCGUGGUGAUUGGUACAAGACCAAGGAAUUGGUGCUCAAGGGUACUGAUUGGAUUAUCAAGGAGAUGAAGGAGUCUGGUCUCCGUGGUCGUGGUGGUGCUGGUUUCCCCACCGGUCUCAAGUGGAGUUUCAUGAACAAGCCCCUUGACGGACGUCCCCGUUAUUUGGUUAUCAAUGCAGAUGAGGGUGAACCCGGUACCUGCAAGGAUCGUGAAAUUUUGCGUGGUGACCCCCACAAGCUCAUCGAAGGCUGCCUUAUCGCCGGUUCUGCCAUGAAGGCCAACGCUGCUUACAUUUACAUCCGUGGUGAGUUCUACCAGGAGGCUUCUCACCUUCAGGAGGCUAUCAACCAGGCUUAUGCUGCUGGCUUGAUUGGCAAGAAUGCAUGUGGUACUGGUUACGACUUUGAUGUGUUCAUUCACCGUGGUGCUGGUGCCUACGUCUGUGGUGAAGAGACCUCGCUUAUCGAGUCUAUCGAGGGUAAGCAGGGUAAGCCUAGAAUGAAGCCCCCAUUCCCCGCCGACGUUGGUCUUUUCGGUUGCCCCACCACCGUCACCAACGUCGAGACUGUUGCCGUUGCCCCUACCAUUCUCCGUCGCGGUGGAUCCUGGUUCGCUGGCUUUGGCCGUGCUCGUAACAGCGGUACCAAGCUCUUCUGUAUCUCUGGCCACGUCAACAACCCCUGCACAGUCGAGGAGGAGAUGUCGAUCCCUCUUAAGGAACUUAUUGACAAGCACUGUGGUGGUGUUCGUGGUGGAUGGGACAACUUGCUCGGUAUCAUUCCCGGUGGUUGCUCCGUUCCCGUUAUUCCCAAGGAUAUUUGUGAGGAUGUUUUGAUGGACUUUGACGCUCUUCGUGAUGUCAACUCUGGUCUCGGUACUGCCGCUGUCAUUGUUAUGGACAAGUCUACCGAUAUCGUCAGAGCUAUUUCUCGUUUCGCAAAGUUCUACCGCCACGAGUCUUGCGGUCAGUGCACUCCCUGCAGAGAGGGUACCAAGUGGCUCGAGUCCAUGAUGGAUCGUUUCGAGGUUGGCCGUGGUCAAGCCGAGGAGAUCGAUCAGAUCUGGGAACUUACCAAGCAGAUCGAAGGUCACACCAUCUGUGCCCUUGGUGAUGCUGCCGCAUGGCCCGUCCAGGGUCUCAUUCGUCAUUUCCGCCCCGAAUUAGAGUCUCGCAUGGCAGAAUUCCAAAAGUCGAUUGAGGCUAACGGCAGUGCUUAAAUUUAUAUGUAAAUAUAUACAUAUAUAUAAAAAAGAAAGAACCUCUCCACACUUAUCCUCUUCUUCUGCUUCUGCUUCUGCUUCUGCUCCCUUCUUCGUCUUCUUCUUAUUAUUAUUCUUGUUUUUUUUCUUUUCUUUUUCUUUUUUGAUUUCAAAAAUAAAAAACAAAAAUAAAUUAGGUCAAAGAAAAUAUAUGCAUAAUACAUACAUAAAACAUAUUUUUUCUUUUAAC